CUCUUGGAUCCCGCGACACUACAAUGCAAAAUUGUGCAAAUAAUGUCACUUUCCUCCUCCUUUCUUCCUUCUUUCCUUUCUGCGAAACGCGUUCCGUUUUCCACCUCCCCGUUACCGCGAUCUCGAUUCUCAAUUUCGCAGAAAUAUUCGAAUCCCUUUCAAAACACUUUCCGCUUUGAAUCUCUCUCCACAUAUUCCUCAGGCAAAAGCAUCGUUCGUUUUUUGUGUCUCUCUCUUGAUUCUUGAGUUCUUUUGGAUUUCUAUUCGCUUUGGAUUGCGGCAUUUCAAUUUCGUGUGAAAUCUUCAUCAGUUGAGUAGUAAUGGGUAACCCUGAAUCUGAUAAUACGUUGAAGGAUUACUACAUUCCUGAUUACAUACUUGUACCUGAAUCAAAAGUCGAUGAAGCGUCCCAUAUACCAGCCUGUCCUGUGAUAGUAUUCAUCAAUUCUAAAAGUGGUGGGCAGCUUGGGGGAGAACUUCUGAAAACUUAUCAGACUCUUCUUAAUAAAAAUCAGGUUUUUGAUUUGGGAGAAAAGGCUCCUGACAAGGUGCUACACCAGCUUUACUUCAAUUUGGAGAAGUACAAGAAAAGAGAGGAUAACCUGGCCACUGAAAUUGAGAAGAGAUUGAAAAUAAUUGUUGCUGGUGGGGAUGGUACAGCCGGUUGGCUCCUUGGAGUAGUCUGUGAUCUCAAAUUACCUCGGUCACCACCAAUUGCUACAGUGCCAUUGGGAACUGGAAACAAUCUUCCAUUUGCGUUUGGCUGGGGAAAGAAAAAUCCUGACACAGACUGUCUGUCUGUAGUGGCAUUCUUGGAUCAAGUAAGGAUUGCAAAAGAGAUGAAAAUUGACAGCUGGCAUAUUUUGAUGCGAAUGAAGGUUCCUAAAGAAGGUGCUUGUGAUCCUAUUGCACCUGUGGAUCUACCACAUUCUUUGCACGCGUUUCAUCGUGUGAGCCAAGAUGACACAUUGAACAAGAAUGGUUUCCACACAUUCCGCGGAGGAUUUUGGAACUACUUCAGCAUGGGGAUGGAUGCCCAAGUAUCAUAUGCAUUUCAUGCUGAGAGGAAGUUAAAUCCAGACAAGUUUAAAAAUCAGUUAGUUAAUCAGAAAACGUAUUUAAAGCUUGGGUGUACACAAGGAUGGUUUUAUCCUUCUCUUUUGCAUCCGUCUUCAGGGAAUAUAGCACAGCUGGUAAAGGUUAAGAUCAUGAAAAGCCCGGGUCAGUGGGAAGACCUUCAAAUACCCCGCAGCAUCAGGUCAAUUGUUUGCCUCAACUUGCCCAGUUUUUCUGGUGGACUCAAUCCUUGGGGAGUGCCGAAUAGGAAGAAGAUGCGUUAUAGGGACUUGACUCCUCCAUAUGUUGAUGAUGGCCUUAUUGAGGUGGUUGGUUUUAGAAAUGCUUGGCAUGGGCUCGUUAUGUUUGCUCCAACUGGACAUGGGACUCGCCUUGCGCAGGCAAACAGAAUUCGUUUCGAGUUUCACAAGGGUGCAGCUGAACAUACAUUCAUGAGGAUUGAUGGGGAGCCAUGGAAACAACCUCUCCCUGUAGAUGAUGACACGGUUGUUGUUGAAAUCUCCCACUUUGGCCAAGUUAGCAUGCUCGCCACCCCUUAUUGCCGAUCCAAAAGUGUCGAGGACCCUUCUUCCCCAUGCAUACAGGAUGAUGAUGAGGAGGACGACAGUAAUGAAGAUGAAGACUGGGAAGAGAAGAGGAAGUUAGGGGCAGCUGACACUUUCCGAAUACCAGAUGGGAUUGACAUUUCUCAGCUUAGUUAGCCUCUCCAGAUUUGUUCCAUAAUAAAUUUGUAGUGCUUUUGGUGGCAGCUUUAACUGGCACAAUACUCUGCUACAGCAAGAAGACAAUUCUUAUUGCGUUCAUCUGUCACCAUUGGCAUCCCCUGUUUUAAUUAGUUUAUAAUUCUUCAUUUUUUUUAUUCAUUUGUUAGUCUUAAAACUGUAGUGCAUUUAAUCGGUUGAUUGAUUUAUUGUCCAAUAAAUUGUAGUUUAGAAAUAUAUGAAACAUGGUGUGAACCCUGCAUGUCCUCUGCUUUAGACAAAUUCUUGUAAACUUGGGCUAGAGUUGAGAUAUUAUGAUCGUAUUGUAGAUGUUUAUAGAUG